AUGGUACCUGACAUUUUCAUUUACUCAGCACACCCAUUGUCCCCUACUCCCAUAAGUGUACCCUGGAUAAGAAUUUUACCUCCUGUUGAAAUUGUCGGGCUUAUAUUUCGGAACUUUGACCCUGAGGCCGACAAAAUUGAUAAAGAAACCGGACAAUACUUAAAUGGUAACCAAAAAGUAUUCCGCCGAAAGGACAACACUUAUUUUUAUCGUUGCCAGGAAAAAUUAGUCGGUCAAGUUGCUAACCCAUUACGACUAUCUAAAAACUACCGCUUAGGAACUCGGUCUUUAAAAUUAAAUAAAGAAUUUACUACUUUAAAAAAUAAAAUCACGCAAAAACUCCAAUCCCAACAGCAAACCAUUACUGAAAUCAAUCAAAAACUCCAAGAAUCUAAUCGCCAAUUAGAAUUAGCAGAAAAAGAAAACCAAGAAAAUGAAAAA